AUGUGUAGUUACCGAAGUGAUUGCAUUGGAGCCUCAAUUAGCGGAUACCAGAACGUGGGCAAGUCCGAGCAUUUCCUGGCCAGCUCCUUAUCCAGUGUAGGACCAAUCACAGUGGCAGCUGACUGCAGCGAUCGAGGCUUCAUUUGGGGAGCCAUGUUGGGUGACCAGGGAUACAUCUACAUGGCCAAAGACGAGGCCGACACCUGUGGGCUGAGCAAGUUUGCAAGCUAUCCGACACUAUAA